CACACACACACAGGGAUUGGACUGAACUCGACAUCCUGGUGGAUACUUCCUCUGUGACACAGCUUUCCUGUUUGCCAUUAACAUUGUGCUGUGUGUGUGUGUGUGUGUGUGUGUGUGUGGGGAGAAGGGGGGGGGUCUUGAUGUGUCUCAUCACUCAGCACCACCCCUGCCUCAUUCUCCGCUAUUCCAAAUGUUGUCGCUGCUUAGGUGUUGAAUAACCUUGGCGAUGGGAAACAUUAUGUCACACUGAAAUCCCAGACAAACACGCUGAGGAAACUGUUUGAGUCCCAUUUUAUUAUACAAUGUGUAUAAUGGAGGAAGGUAUAAAGUGAGGUGUCCUAGAGAGAGUUGCGGGGAAGUUAUGGUCGACUUAUCGAGCAUUCAGCAGCCAUGGCAACAGUCACUGUGGUCCGCUAAGCUUCAGUCCUGACCCCCUCCUUCACCCUCAUAGAGAGAGAGAGAGAGAGUAAGGCGGGGCCCCUCACCUCAGUCUAAGGGGCUUGAGCCAAAGGAGAUUUGUGCGUUGCAUGUCUUGUUAACGCAACGUCACAAGACUGACUAAAUCCCAAUGAGCCCAGUGAGGUUUUUCCCACGAAUCAGGCAGAGAAAAGCAGGUGAGUGGUGCUACUUUCCAAAGUUUCCUAGGCAGAGACACAUAGGCAGGUCACUAGGAGCCCUCCGUAUCUUAUGGCGUUAACGAGAGCCAUUGUUAUUCAGCAAAGCCGGAGGAAGAGCAGAUGACGUGGUGAGUCAUUCAUCCCGUACCAGUAACCACUGACACACAGCUCUUUGGUACUGUGACUCAAGCAGAACACUAAUUAUGAGACAUUACGGGCCAAUUAUCGUCUUUGGUCACAGUAAAAAAAACACCAGCCUUUUUUUUUUUCAUUAAUAAGUGACUUUAAGUUGUGCUGUAGAGGAGGCUUGUGUUCCGGAGGCAAUUGUGUUUAAUUAGUUCCUUCUUUUUACGAGGGAAGAUCCCUGUUGUUUUCUAAAUGCAGACCAUCUACCGCAGCCUCAACAUUUACUUGGUUACGUUUUUCCCCCCGUCGGCUUGCCGCAGGCCACACGCAGACAUGCGCAGAGCACCACGCCGUUCUUAUGCCCCGUUUUGCCUCAUUCAGACGGACAUCGUGGGGUCCUUGUGUUGACUGACCACCUGAAGGAUGGAGGCCAGCGCGGCAAAGCUUUCGCAACACUGUGAAGAAGCUGCCAGAAGGUUCAAUCAAACAAAGCUGUGGUUCAAAGGAACUGCAGCUCCCACGCGUUACACUGCAUAUAGAUCCCUUUCCACGCUGACUUUAGUUUAGCUUCUGUCCGUGUUUCAUGUAAGGAAAAUAGGCACACACAUCAGGGUCUGACCAGUUUUUUUCCAUAAAUGUCGUCCCUCCAAAACAUUACAACCAAAACAGGAACAACAGGAAGUGCGUCGACGUCUCCAUGACAACUAGUGGAUGUAGCCUUGCACAACAGACCCCACCCACGGGGGAAACAAUAGUCUUUGAGGCUUCGCGUCUGUUUCGGGAAAAUGAAAAUUCACAUAUGCUAUUUGAAUUUUCUAUUCUUGUCCUGUAAUCCCCCGGGAGUGCAGAACACCCCAAGAAAAGACCUUUUCUCGCUAUCAGAUCUGACCUUUUCGUCCAUAGUGGCUUUUUGCUCGGGUGCGCAGACAGACGUGGGUCUGUGCACAUGGACGCCCAGCUUGUUUAGGAGUAGUGGCCGGUCCCUUCCUCUGCUGGUGGGUGUUUGUGCCAUUGUGUGGGAUUGUUCUACAGACAAAAGGAUGAGGAUUUAUAGCGCAUGAACGUAUACAGCCACCAGCCACACACUGAUAACAGAAGUACCGCACGGCUCUAACUAGGUUCAACAAAGAACUUUCGACAUAAAAACUACAAAGGUUGCAUUAAUACAAUGGGGUUAUGUAACUGGGCCACUUUUUGAAAUGGCACAUAAUCCGAACAAAAAGGUCUAUCUUGAAAACUUGAAGGGGAUUUGAUUUCACCCUUUUGUAAGACCAUGUGACCGAUUUGACACCCCAGAUAUAUUUUUAACACUAUUGGCUCACAUCUACAACUUUUCCUGCAACUUUAAAGUCGACUUCCAAAGUCGCGGCAGCUUCUCACAGCUUUAGUGGUCUCGUGCCUGAACACAAUUACAAACACCUGCCUUAUCUCCACUGGGCCAUAUGUAGCCAACACACACACACACACACACACACACACACACACUUGCACAGUGAAUAACCCACUAUCUACCCCGCCCGCUAUAUUUAGCACCAUGCUACAUUAGCAUUUCACACUUCAUUUAUAAUGUACGGUACAGCAACUGUUUUGAUAAGGGCGCCACUUUUCUUUCUUGGUGCUCGCAGACACACACACACACACACACACACACACACUAAUCGCAGCACAUGAAUUCAUGCGUUUACAUGCGGCUGUUUACAUUUUUUUUUCAUCAUAUUUCUUCCACUCCUCCCCUUUCCUCCCUCUCACCCAUCUAUCCAUUGUUUCUCUGGCUGUUAAAAUUCCUGCUCUGUGACCUGUUCCUCCCGCAGCUCCCUUUCUCCUCUACUCCUCCCUCAUCCUGUCGUAGCUGAGGCCUCCACGUCUUUUCUCCUGUUUGUUGGUCUGCGGUUGUACUUUGUGUGUGUUUGUAUGUCAGCUCCGGCUGAUCGAUGCCGGCGUCAACGUCCUUUCUAACGAGGAACAGACUCUGUGUGAAUGUGCGUGUGCACAAAGGUCCGACUAAACAAAGCAAGGGCAUUUCAAUUAUUGGGGGCCACAGAAACGUUCUUUCCCCCCUCAUCACCCCUCCCCUGACCCCAUGUUACACACACACACACACACACACACACAGCAUCCAACCACAUAGCCCAGAGCAGGAAGCGUAGUCCCUCAGGGAGGGAGGAGGGGUCAGCAGGAGGGGAGACAUUAACGCCCCCUCCCUCUCCUAGCAAAGCUACAGGAGAGCAGGAAACUUCACUUUACACACUUUCCCUCCACCAGCACACACACACACACACACACACACACAUGCCUGCAGAUGGUGAACACCCGCCGACUCAUAACGUCCUGUUCCCCUGCGUCUGGGAGGAUUGCAGACGCACACACAUGCCGUGGAGUACGUCUGGGGGGGAAACUCUCUCGCCCAGCUGGCUUUGGCUGCAUUUAAAGAGAAGCCGAUGGUUCAUAAAGAGGACGGAAAGAAAGAAAAAAAGCGAAUCCGAGCAGAAGAAAGAAAGCCUCCUCCCUCUCACGCUGUCGCUCUCCAGAGUGAGGUCAUCCAGCGGAGGGAUCUGAUGUGGACACGGCCGCCUGGCCUGGACCUGAUCGGAGAGCCACAGACUAGGUGUUCCAAUGGCGUCAGUUGGAGAAUCUCUACUUCAGAGAGAAGAAGUUUUCAGUGGAAGUUCAUGACCCAAGAAGUAGGGCGUCGGUGACCAGAAGGACAUUCGGUCACAGCGGCAUCGCGGUGCACACGUGGUACGCCUGUCCCGCUCUCAUCAAGUCCAUCUGGGCCAUGGCCAUCAGCCAGCACCAGUUCUACCUGGACCGCAAGCAGAGCAAGUCAAAGAUCCACGCAGCGCGGAGUUUGAGUGAGAUCGCGAUCGACCUCACGGAGACGGGAACUCUGAAGACCUCCAAACUAGCAAACAUGGGGAGCAAGGGCAAAAUAAUAAGUGGCAGCAGCGGCAGCUUGCUCUCGUCAGGCUCUCAGGAAUCGGACAGCUCCCAGACCGCCAAGAAGGACAUGCUUGCAGCACUGAGGGCUCGGCAGGACGCCCUGGAGGAAACUCUAAAAAAGAGACUGGAGGAACUCAAGAGCAUCUGCAUCAGAGAGGCGGAGCUGACAGGGAGGCUUCCUAAGGAGUACCCUCUGGAUCCGGGAGAGGAGCCCCCCACAGUGAGGCGGAAGAUCGGCACUGCCUUCAAACUGGACGAGCAGAAAAUCCACCCUAAGGGAGAGGAGGAGGAACUGGAGCGCUUGGAGCGGGAGUUUGCCAUUCAGUCCCAGAUUACAGAGGCAGCCAGGCGCCUGGCCAGCGAUCCUCACGUGAGCAGUAAGAAGCUGAAGAAACAGAGGAAGACUUCUUAUCUGAACGCGCUGAAGAAGCUCCAGGAAAUUGAGAACUCUAUCAAUGAGCACCGGGUCCGCUCUGGCAAGAUGCCUACGCAGAGGGCUUCACUUAUCAUAGAGGAGGCCAAUAUUGGUUCUGAAGAUAGUUCAUUGUCUGACGCACUGGUCUUGGAUGAUGAUGAUCCACAUGUUACAGGAACCCCCACCUUUUCUCCAGUAGCAUCGCCUCACAGGGGCCUCCCUCCUCGACCACCAUCACACAGUCGUCCCCCACCACCUCAGUCCCUAGAUGGCCUGCGACACCUGCACUAUCCACGGCCCGACUACGAUAAGUCACCCAUCAAACCCAAGAUCUGGAGUGAAUCGUCACUGGAUGAGCCCUACGAAAAAGUCAAAAAACGCUCCUCUCAUUCAAGUCAUAGGCGUUUCACGAGCUCUGGCAGUGCAGACGCAGGGGGUAGUAACUCUCUGCAGAGCAGCCCCAUCAGGAACCUCCCUCACUGGAACUCUCAGUCCAGCAUGCCCUCCACCCCCGACCUGAAGACCAGGAACCCACAUUACGUACACUCCACUAGGUCGGUGGACAUCAGUCCCACACGUCUACACAGUCUCGCUCAGCACUUUAGGAACCGCAGCUCAAGCCUUGAGUCCCAGGGCAAACUGUUGGCGCCCGACCCCGACGCUCACCCGCACACCCUGGGCACGCUCGGCAGCCCUGACUUUUUCCUGGUGCCGGGACGCAACUCCAAUGGCUCCGACCCACUAGACGACUGCUCCUCCUGCACCAGCCAAAGCAGCUCAGAGCAUUACUACCCUUCUGGCGGACCCCCCAACAGCAACCCCAACUACUCCACACUAGGAGAGGACUCGCCCUCCAAAGCCAGGCAGAGACAGAGGCAAAGGCACCGGUCAGCGGGUCAGUUGGGUUCCUCUAAUUCCGGCUCCAUGCCAAACCUGGCAGCUAAGAACGGUUCGGGUGGAGGCUCGAGCGGAGGAGGGGUGGGUGGGGGACACCACGGGGUCUACCUCCACAGCCAGAGCCAGCCCUCCUCCCAGUACCGCAUCAAGGAGUACCCGCUGUACGUGGAGGGCAGCCCGAACCCCGUGGUGGUUCGCAGCCUGGAGAGCGAUCAGGAGGGCCACUACAGCGUCAAGGCCCAGUUCAAGACCUCCAGCUCCUACACGGCCGGGGGGCUGUACAAGGAGGCGUGGGGGGGAGAGGAGGGAGGAGAAGGGAGCGGCCGACUCACGCCGUCCCGCUCUCAGAUCGUAAGGACUCCGUCGUUGGGGCGAGAGGGUGGUGGAGGCGGGGGGAGGGCAGCGGUGUCUGAAGAGCUGCGGUGCUGGUACCAGAGGUCCUCAGGGAGCCUGAAGGAGAGGAGUCACUCCCACUCGGGAUCCACUUCCUCCGAGACGGGGUCACAGCAAGGCACUCUGGGACACAGCCGAGGAAGUAGAGUAGGGACCCUCGCCAAGUGCUCACCAGCUGCGUCCCCUCACAGCCAGAGGAGUGUGACGCCCUGCAGCGAGCACACAGCCACACCGACGCCCCCCUGCAGCCCACAGCACAUCCUCAACUGGCAGAGCGGGUCUUUCAGUGACAGCUGUUUCCUCAGCAGCCCGUUGUGUUCAGAGCUGGCCGAUGUGCAGUGGUACGGACGUGAUAAGGCCAAACCUGGAACCCUGGUCUGAGACCCGUCCUACUGCCUCUCCAGUGUCCCUCACCACGGCCCAUCGACAACCAACAACCUCAUCCUGAAGGCCCAACAACCGUCCCGCCCUGAGCGCACCUGACACGAGCCCCGCCUCCAUCCACCACCUCUUCAUCACGCGCCCCCCCCCCCCCCCCUCUGUCACAGCUCAGCUGGAGUGGGACGUGCUCGCCGGGACUCACGGGACAGACUGAGAAGUGCCACCUCAGCUGUUGAACUUGUUGACCUACAGCACCACGGAGCCCGUUGGUCACACUCCCUCGCAGAGAGCGUACGCUAGCAACGGGGGGGCAGGAAGGGAGGGAGGGAGGGAGAACGGCGUUUAAAAACAUCAAGCAAACAACGAAACUCAACACGACACUGUCCGCUGACCCGACCAGUGCACUGCCGCCCAAUCUGAGGACACCCGCUGGAUUUGAGCCACCAGUUCUAAAACAUCUCCAGGCCCAUCUCCAGGUGUUGGGUGUCAUUAUUCCAUUAAUGUUGUUUGUCUUUUUUCUUUAUUUGUCCUCGAAAUAUAUUUAUAAUCAAAGAAGAUAACCCAGACUUUUGAGAAAAAUCGGUUUUAAAUGACAUAAUCGCAUCCUCUCCGUUUAACCCACAACCAAAGACAACUUACUGGAUCGCCCGGUCGCACCGCGGCCCGUGGGCUGGUGCCACACAGUCACCACAGCGACGAUACCGGGAACCCUCCUGAUAUUUAUGGGACUCCAUCUGGGAUACUGACGAGGACAAUAGCAAUAACAGACAUUGUACAAUAUGAACUGCUUUGAGUCUACGGGGGAUUAAAGCAGGCAUUCAGCGGCGCUCUCGGCCGUGCGACUGAGCGGUCUGAGUAAAAGAUCCCUUGGUGUGUCAUCGGUGAAUCGGGAGGCGGGGUUAUUGGGUUCGCCAUUAAUCAAUGCUUAUUUCCGUGACUUUUUUUUUUUUAAUUGACGCCGUCAUUUCAUCUGGGCUGUAGUUUUGGUGUACAAACAAGAUAUUCAGAUUCUGCCCUUUUAACGUUUGUCGUUUUUCACCCCAGGAAGUAGAUGAUUUUCGGCAGUUGCUUGUGGGGAUACUGAGGCUGUUUGAUGAUAAAUCUCUGCAUCAUCUUUUCUAUCACAAGUGUCUGUUCCUCUCUGGAGGUCUUGUUUCCAUAGCGGCUCCUGUCACCACGUGGGGGCAUCUGUCUGUCCGUCUUUCUGUCCAUUUCUUCUUCGUGGCGGGAGCGACCGAAGACACAGCGUGAACCCGAAUCACAACUAAGACACGCACACUGGAAGCCACAACACACACUGUGGACACACAAAAAUUACAAAAGUGCCAAACAUGUUGGUGCUUUACAUUUGUACUGUAACACAGCACUGGAAGAGCCCCCCCCCCCCUCUCAUAUUCAAGCUGCAAACAGAAAAGGCCCCACUGUCUUUAGCCAUUGUGCAAUGUCUGUACAACAAAAGCACAACAUACGAGGGCUGGACCUACAAUUAGUGAAAUUGUAAUUUUCCACUUCCAACUAUUUCAAAGUAACUACACAACUUUUAGAGUUGUGUAAAAGGACAUAAGAGAGGCGGAACAGCCCAGAACAACGGAACAAAGUAUUACAUGGGAAGUGCUCUUUUUAUUACUACGAGGACGUCAAUUCAUUUUUUUGUUCGACAACAUUUAAUCCCCGCUGCCAGAGCAGCAGUGAAGCCAUAGCCGGAGCUGAAGUACACGGUUCUUUAACCCGCUCAAAUGGAGAGAGUAAUGUUCCCACGCAACCCAGCCAACAAUCAGACAUUCAGAUCAGAGUUAGCUAAGCACACCUGGUUUUGUAGGAAGGGAGUAGAACUCGCAUGUUUUAGUUAGUAUCUAAAUUGUUUUCUCUCAUCUUUUCCUCACCAGAGUCAAUAAAUAUUGUUGUUUUUUUUGCUUUUUCAAAAUAUCCUAAUUGUUGGUAAUUCACUAAGAUGUUGACUAAUUCCACAUCUCGGACCAUUAUGUGCAAUUGUAAACGGUGGAGCGUGUGUUUUUUUUAGUACGGGAGGAACCCAGUGCAUCCCACCUUGUCCCUCAUAAUGUUCUUUUUCCCUUUAUGCACUCACACCACUUGUUGUAAUCUGCCACUUUAGACUAUUUCAAUAGGAAAGUCCAGUUCUGUCCACUCCCCGCAUGGUUGGUUCUCCAAGAGUUGCCCGCCCCCUUCCUGGUCAGAUUUGAUCAGCUUUUCACCCCGUGAUCGGAACCAGCUCUCCCUGGUUACCUUUUAUUAGAGAGCAAGCUUGAUCCUGCUCUGCUCACUCCGUCCACUGUUUGUGUGCUAAAACACGAUCCCGUGCAUGUCCUGCCACUGAAAAGGAAGAAAAAAAUAACCCAAAGACGUUCAGCGCCCGCCUUCUAUACGGUAACAUUAGCACAUGUUGCUCCAUCGCGUGACCCUUUUCAACCUUGUGGUGAUCUCUGAGCCCAAUGUGAAGAAGUGUGACGUCUCCUCCCUCUGUUGCUCCAAACACACCAUUUUCUGUGCUUCAUAGAUGAGAGUUUUUUGUAAUUCUCCCAAGAGAAAUGAACUAACUCUAUUAUCAGUCGUUUCCUGUAUGUAGGGAGGGGCACUGUAGGAUUUUGUGGGGUUUUUAACAUUCACAUUCAUUGUUUUUUCAAUGUUCCAUUUUAUAAGAACAGUAUUGUUUGGGGGUUUUUUGUUCUGUAACCGUGCAUUCAGGUGCUACAAAAUGACCAUUUACUGCUCUGUCAUGUAGGAUCUAGACAUCUUCAUUGUUAUCAAUAGAUUCAUUUACCAGAAUGAAGCUUAUUUUAACAGACAGUUUAAUAGUAGAAGACACUUCCCCAACCAGACAAUAGAGCAUGUAACUUGAUUUUAUCAGUUCUGUUCAACUGUAACAAUACAUUAAAGGUGUUGUAGAAAAAAUGUGGAAUUUAUCAAAAAAAAUAACUGAAUUCCACAGUUAAUUUAUUCUUUUUUCUAUUAAAAUUUGUAUAGUAACUUUACAUUUUUCAAAACUGUGUUGUUGGAAAUUGAAUUUUCAAGAUGAGAAGCGGUGUCAGUUAUUGAGAGUAAGAAAAAUAAAUUAUUGAUGAAUGUUCUCAAGA